ACUUCCACUUUGGAACAUUUCUCUACACUACAGGCCCCCCCUUAACCACCACUCGCCCGCAUCGUCCCUCACAACGGCAACGCCGUUAUUGUCUUCAGGAUGGACCGGGACAGCGUCAACUAUGCCGUCUACCUAGUAACGGACUCGACCCCCGCCAUCCUCGGCGACCGAGAUCUCUGCGAGGUCGUCGAGGCCUCGGUCAGGGGUGGCACCACUAUCGUCCAGCUCCGCGAUAAGACGAGCGAUACGGGGGACAUGAUUGCCAUGGGCAAGAAGCUGCACGCCAUCACCAAGCAGUACAACGUCCCGCUGCUCAUCAACGAUCGCAUCGACGUUGCUCUGGCUGUUGGGUGCGAGGGUGUUCACAUUGGGCAGGAUGAUAUGGAACUAUCCACCGCAAGACGGCUCCUCGGCCCCGACGCCAUCAUCGGAGUCACGGUCAGCACCAGAGAGGAAGCCAUGGUGGCCUGCAAAGGCGGCGCGGAUUACCUUGGCAUUGGCACCGUCUAUGCCACUCCAACAAAAACCAACACCAAGAACAUCAUCGGCGCCGCCGGCGUCCGCAACAUCCUCCAAACCAUGGCGGAUGCCGGCUACGACCACGUCAAGACCGUCUGUAUCGGUGGCAUCAACGCCGAGAACCUCCAGCGGAUCGUGUACCAGAGUGAGGCCCCGAGCAAGAAGCUUGAUGGCGUCGCGGUGGUGAGCGCCCUCGUGGCUGCUCCGGACCCGGAAGCGGCGGCAAAGAACCUGGUCGGCUUGUUCAACUCGCUGCCGCCUUUUGUGAGGGAGCCACCAAACCCGAGAGCUGAGAUGGUGGGGGAAAUCCUUGAGCUUGUGCCGGAGGUGGUGCUGGAGGUUGCUAGGAAGAAGCCUCUUUCACAUAAUAUGACGAAUUUGGUGGUGCAAAACUUUGCAGCCAACGUCGCUCUCGCCAUUGGGGCAUCGCCCAUCAUGUCCAACUACGCUGAAGAAGCCUUCGACUUGUGCAAGCUAGGGGGCGCACUAGUCGUCAACAUGGGCACCGUUGACCCAGACGGGCUGCAGAACUACCUGAAGGCUUUGCGGGCGUACAACUCGGUGGGUCAACCAGUUGUGUACGAUCCAGUCGGAGCCGGCGCCACCACCCUCCGCCGCGCCACCGUCAAGACCAUCCUCUCCCACGGCUACCUCGACGUAAUCAAAGGCAACGAAGGCGAGAUCCGCACCGUCUACGGCAUCGACGGACACGACACGGUCCAGCAGCGGGGCGUCGACUCCUCUUCGGAGCUCGACGUCUCCCAAAAGGCCGAACUCGUCCGCAACCUUGCCUUGCGCGAGAAGAACGUGGUGGUCAUGACGGGCGAGGCCGAUUACAUCAGCGACGGGCAACACACGUUCCGCAUCGACAACGGGCACGUCUACCUGGAGAUGGUUACCGGCACGGGCUGUGUUUUGGGGACCGUCAUCUCGGCCUUCGUGACGGCUUAUCCAAAUGAUAAGUUGGUGGCUACGGUGGCGGCGCUGAUGCACUUUGAGAUUGCGGCGGAGAGGGCGGCUGAACGAAGGGAUGUCCAGGGCCCGGGAACGUUUGUGCCGGCGUUUUUGGAUGAGUUGUUCAAGAUUAGGAGGGAGACGGGGGAGGGGAAGUUGGGGUGGUUGAAGAGUGCUAAGCUUGCGUGCCUAGGUACUUACUUUAAUAAGUGAUGUGGGAGGCAGAGAGAGGUGUUGGGACGGA